AUGGGAGAUUUCUCUCGUGGCCAUCGUUUCCCCCAAAGCCGCUUCCACAACCCCUUGUUGUUUUCAAACCCCUCACCGCCGGAGAUAAGCCAUCGUCACUGCUCAACAUUUCCACAGAACUUCGUCGCGACUUCCUUCCCACUUCGAUUGCGACCUAGCAACGACUCGACAUUUCCAGUACUCCACCUUUCCACAACAUCUCGUCAUCAACCAAGACCAGCCCACCGGAGAUCGACUCCCUCGCUGGAGAUCGCAGAACUCAUCGCUGCAAGUGGAGUUCCUCGCGACUUCCUUCGCCACACAGAUUGGGCACCAACGCGUGCUUUGUUGAACAAUGUCGAACAGGGUUUUGGAUUUCGCUUUAGUCGCGAUCCAUUUCUCUCUCGUAUUCACCGCACUGUAUUAUGUUGUGUCAUUGCUUCUGAUACUGAUUGUGUUGUGAUUUAUCUGAUUCUAACAAAUGCAGCUCAUGGGCAUGAAAUUGUUAUUGAAUGGCCAACAAGGAUAAAGAUAAUUAUUGGAGCGACUAAGGGCUUAAGCAACCUCCAUAGCCAAGAGAACAUUGUACAUGGGAACCUCACAUCAAGCAACGUACUAUUGGAUGAGCAAACAAAAGCCCACAUAACAGAUUUUGGUCUCUCAAGGGUGAUGACAACUUCUACAAACACCAACAUCAUUGCUACUACAGGAAGCCUUGGCUACAAUGCACCAGAGCUUUCCAAGACCAAGAAGCCUAACACAAAGACUGAUGUGUACAGUCUUGGUGUCAUCAUGUUGGAACUCCUAACUGGAAAGCCAUUUGGGAUGAUUUGCUUAGCACAUUGA